UUGCGCUCUGGUGAAGAGAAGUGGAGCAGUAAACCGUCAGAUCUACCGCAGCUACCUGUCACCAUGAAGAGGGCUGUUGUGUUCGCUUUUAUUGCCUGCUGGGUUGUUUCAGCACUGUCCUUGGCUGAGGAUGGAAGGGAUUCCAAACCUUCUGCAACUGUGUCCCCUGCGGGUCAGUUUGAAACCAGCGCUAAACCCAGCCCUAAACCUACAACUCACAAGCCAACCACCCCUAAACCUACAACUCACAAGCCAACCACCCCUAAACCUACAACUCACAAGCCAACCACCCCUAAACCUACAACUCACAAGCCAACCACCCCUAAACCUACAACUCACAAGCCAACCACCCCUAAACCUACAACUCACAAGCCAACCACCCCCAAACCUACAACUCACAAGCCAACCCCCCCCAAACCUACAACUCACAAGCCAACCCCUAAACCUAAACCUACAACUCACAAGCCAACCCCCCCCAAGCCAACAACCCCAGCUCCUCCUAAGCCGACUCCCCCCACCACCCAGACUAAAGGAAACUACACCCUGAUGGCUGACACGAAAGUGAUGUGUCUGAUGGCUCAGAUGGCACUGCAGAUCCGACUGGACAAACCAAAGGACAAUGGAACCUUCAUCGUUCAACCAAACAUGACCAAAGUGCAAGGAGGUUGUCAGGGAACCAAGGCCAACCUGACCCUUGUCUUCAAAGAGGGCUUCAUCACCUUCAUGUUCAACAAGAGCGUUGCUAACAAUUCUGUCUACGUUGAUGCCCUGUCUUUCAAGCUGACUUAUCCCUUAAGCAAAGAAGGCAAAAAUGAGCCUCACACCGCCAGUAACAAGUCAAUGCAUCUCUUCAACGCAAAGAUCGGAUACUGCUACUCCUGCAAGAGUGACUCAAUCUACAUGGGAAAUGGACUGUACCUGGAUGUCAGUCAAGACACGAUGCAGGCCUUCAAUCUGACCAAGGGCAACGAGUUUGGCAAAAUUGAGCAAUGUCCUGCUGACCAGCCUGACUACCGCGUUGCCAUUGCGGUGGGAGUGACGUUGCUGGUGCUCAUUGUGGUGGUGGUGGUGGCUUACCUGCUGGGCCGCAAGAGGAGGGCCGAUGGCUACCAGUCUCUGUGAGAGAGGCCGGCAGACUUCCACCAGAGGUCACCCCCGUCAUAAACCAAAGUCAGUGAGGCUGUGAUAUAUCUCAGGGGCUAAAGGGCACUUCCACUAAAGCCUGACAUGACAUCUUCUGACCUUUUACGUCUCGGUUUACCUAAUUUACUGUUAGUAAUGUUUUAGUAUGGAUGCUGGAGUGUGCCACUGAAAUAAUUGUAGAACAUACGAUUUCAUUGUGAUACAUUUUGAAUUGAUCAGAUUCAUUAAACAAAAGCAACAAGAUCAUUAAAUUUACCAAUUUACCAAUUUAUUGACUUUUAAAAUCAUAGAACACAUUUCAGUUCUAUUUUUAGAAUCGUUCAGAUUUAAGAUUUAAUCAUUGACUUCCACAUUAAGUACAUACAUGUGUUUGUCCCUUUCACAACUUAUUUGUUCGUCUUAUACAUUUUGACUUGUGUGUUCAAUUUAAUGUUUAAGCACAAACACACUGCUUAAAGCAACACUUCACCCCGAAAUAAAAAAAUAUUCUAUUACCUAGAGUCUAGAUUGUUUUGGUGUGAGUUGCAGAGUGUCUCUAAUAUGAUUAAACUAGAUGAUGCUUUGUCUUUGGUGCUAAACUGCAAAAAAAAAAAAAAUACAUAGAAAAACUCAACAGCAGUGUCUCUUUCCAGAAAUCCUGACCUGGUUACUCAAGGUAACCCACAGACCUGGUUGUGAGCAGUUUUCAUGUAGGAACUAUUUUCUUUCUAUUAUAGUUCCUAUAUGACAUAAACUGCUUAUAACAACAUCUUGAGUAACCUGGUCGUGAUUUCUGGAAACAGACACUGCUGUUGAGUUUUUCAAAUGUCAUCACAAGCAGAGUAUUAGCAGAGUUUUAUUAUGUACAAUACACACCAAAACAAUCUAGACUGAUAAACAGCACAACAGGUAAAGGGAAGAAUAUGUAUUUUUGAUUUUAGGGUGAGCUGUCCCUUUAAAGGAACACUCCACCAUUUUUUCAUGUUAAAACAUGUUAUUCGGGUAAGUAAGACGAGUUGAUACAGAC